CUCCUGAUCCUUAGUACCCUGAGUUGCCUGAAGGGGGGAAUGGCACUGCCUGCGUGUGCAGCCCGGGCUCUCGGGCCGCCGCUGCAGCCAGAGCGAGGAGCGCCCGCCCGCACCACCUGUCCCCGCCGGCAUUCCAGAGUCGAGGCCGAAUUGGCAGCGAGCCGGCCGGGAUCAGUCGCCGCCUCAGUCCGCGCGGGCCCUCCUAGGGGUGUGUCUCGCGGAAUCAACUCCCAGCCGCUCCUGGACGAGCCCCCGAAGGCGUCUUCCUCCUCCCUGGCGGGAGCCGCGCUCGUCCCUCUUUUCGCGCUGCUGCCCCGCGGCCGCCGCAGGCGGAUGCACGACCUCAGGAGACGCUGGGACCUGGGCUCCCUCUGCCGGGCCCUGCUCACCCGGGGCCUGGCCGCCCUGGGCCACUCGCUCAAGCACGUGCUCAGCGCGAUCUUCUCCAAGAUCUUCGGCCCCCUGGCCAGCGUCGGGAACAUGGAUGAGAAAUCCAACAAGCUGCUGCUGGCUCUGGUGAUGUUCUUCCUCUUCGCCGUGAUCGUCCUCCAAUAUGUGUGCCCCGGCACCGAAUGCCAGCUCCUGCGCCUGCAGGCGUUCAGCUCCCCGAUGCCCGACCCGUACCGCUCGGAGGAUGAGAGCUCCGCCAGGUUCGUGCCCCGUUACAAUUUCAGCCGCAGCGACCUCCUGCGCCAGGUAGACUUCGACAUCAAGGGCGAUGACCUGAUCGUGUUCCUGCACAUCCAGAAGACCGGCGGCACCACUUUCGGUCGCCACCUGGUGCGCAACAUCCAGCUGGAGCAGCCGUGCGAGUGCCGCGUGGGCCAGAAGAAAUGCACUUGCCACCGGCCCGGGAAGCGGGAGACCUGGCUCUUCUCCAGGUUCUCCACGGGCUGGAGCUGCGGGCUGCACGCCGACUGGACCGAGCUCACCAGCUGCGUCCCCACGGUGGUGGACGGCAAGCGCGACGCCCGGCUGCGCCCGUCCAGGUGGAGGAUUUUUAAGACUCUAGAGACAACAAGUAAGGAUAGAAGGGGCUCUUCAAACACUAAUCCAGCUGCCAACUCUCCAUCAUCCACAAAGACCCGGAACACAUCUAAGAGUGGGAAGAAUUUCCACUACAUCACCAUCCUCCGAGAUCCGGUGUCCCGGUACUUGAGUGAGUGGCGUCAUGUCCAGAGAGGGGCGACAUGGAAAGCAUCCCUGCAUGUCUGCGAUGGAAGACCACCAACAUCUGAAGAGCUGCCCAGCUGCUACACUGGUGAUGACUGGUCUGGCUGCCCCCUGAAAGAGUUCAUGGACUGUCCCUAUAAUCUUGCCAACAACCGCCAAGUGCGCAUGCUCUCUGACCUGACCUUAGUAGGCUGCUACAACCUCUCUGUCAUGCCAGAAAAGCAAAGAAACAAGGUCCUCCUGGAAAGUGCUAAGUCAAAUCUGAAGCACAUGGCAUUCUUUGGCCUCACUGAGUUUCAGCGGAAGACCCAGUAUCUGUUUGAGAAAACCUUCAACAUGAACUUUAUUUCACCAUUUACCCAAUACAACACUACUAGGGCCUCUAGCGUAGAGAUCAGUGAGGAAAUCCAAAAGCGUAUUGAGGGCCUGAAUUUUCUGGAUAUGGAGCUGUAUAGCUAUGCGAAGGAUCUCUUUCUGCAAAGGUAUCAGUUUAUGAGGCAGAAGGAGCAUCAGGAAGCUAGGCGCAAGCGUCAGGAGCAACGCAAAUUUCUGAAGGGAAGGUUCCUUCAGACCCACUUCCUGCGCCAGAGUCAGAGCCAGAGCCUGACUCCGAGUCAGAAUAAGAGUCAGAACCCAAAUCCAAAUGUGAAUCGGAACGUGACGCAGAAUCUGUUUCAGAACCUGAUUCAGAAUCUGACUCAGAGUUUGAGUCAGAGUUUGAACCAGAAGGAGAACCAGGCAAGACAGAAACCAAACCCAGGUCAAGAGCAGAGUGACAGCAGUAACGGUACCCAUGACUACAUAGGCAGUGUAGAGAACUGGCGUUAAAAAGCUCCCAAGGCCUCUCACACAGUUCUCCCAAAGCGCCAGUAAGAAUAUGGCAAAUCUUAAAAGAUGAGUGUCUAAACGUUUCAUACUUUGUGGAAGUAUGAAGUUAAAAAGUUAAGAGGUUGCCUUUACAGUUGCCUUUCAAUUUAGUGUUAUACUGUGCGUGGAUAAAACAAAUUUCAAUAUAUAAUUAAACUGUCUUCUAUUUUUUGGUUUGUUGGGCUAUUUACAAAAUCCAAAAGCCAAACCAGACUCACCAGAAAUUGCUGUUUUGAUAUUUUAAGAAGUUCUAAAAUUAGUCACAGAGACAAAAUGAAAUCAUAAAAUGUGACCAUUUAACUUAGCACUAAGAAAUGGCUUUAAAUUAUUCAUGAGACACAGUUAAAACUCGGUCUUGGAAGCAAACAUUUCUUCCAGGACUAAGCAUGAGCAUAAAUAUAAAAAAGCUCAAAGUCAACAUGAAGCCUUUUAUUUUCUUUGAUUUUGAACCAGAAAUCAAUUUAAAUGGAAUAACAGCUGGUGGUUACAUUUUUCCCCAGCGGUAGAAAAUAAGAAAUUUCUCUCCCCAACAUGAAUAGGUUUAUGUAAAAAUAUUAGCUUUUCAAGUAAAAGAGACCCCAAAACUUGUUAUUUAAAAGAUGCUUAAGGUUUUGAACUUGUUUCUACCCUCUACCGUUUAAAGGUUUUAAACAGGGUUUAUCUCAUGUUAAACAAAAUGCUUUUUUCCAAGUAGAAAACCAUGUGAAGAUCCAAUUACCAGGCGCUUUCUGGGCACUGUAAUUUCAACAAUUCUGAAAUCUUUUUGGCGCUGCUUUUCUUCAUCUUAAGGCUUCUCCGAGUUGUGCUCAUUCCAAACUAACCCAUUUGUAGAAUCUUUCUUCAUCAUCUAAAUGGUGUGUUAUUGAAAUUAUUGUGAUAUGUAAUCCUGGAUUAAAGUCAGGACUUUCUAUAGAAUUGUCUUAUCAAUGUUUGUGUAGUGAGGUCAUUAUCAAGAAGCUGUUGAACAAAUAAUUGUCUAAAAAUAUUGCUGAAGUUAUUCUUGGUCAGGUAGAAUUGAACCUGAAUGUGAACUAUUAUUUACUUUUUGUAUAUUUUUAUCGUAACGAUUCUAGUUAGGCGGGCUGUAUCUAGCCCAUUUGUUCUUUUUCGUGUUGACAGAUUGUAAACAAUUGCAAGGGGAAAAUGGUAGAAAAAGAAUUAGGAUAGCCAUAGUUAUUCAGGAACACCAAAAACUGUACCUCAAUACUUUGGGUUAACUCUUGACCAGGUUUUGUUUUAAGAAAGAACAAAAGGGAGUGUUGUGCAGUGAAAUGAAACAUCUGGAGCCUAUGCAUUUAGAAAAGUGAUUUAGGACCUAGACUCUUAGGAUAUCAGUUAUGAAUUGAGCAGAGUAAAAAGAAAGUAUGUAAUCCACUGUACGUCAUGAUUCUGAGUGGUUUCCACUUUGUGGGUUUUGCUAUAUAUUUGUAAGGGUUAUACGAAUCCUCUGGCUAUCAUUCAAAAAACUCAACUUGAAAUAGCAUUUAUGUUAUUCAGGAGUGACAUGCCUAAUUAGAAGUGUGAUGAUAAAGUCACAGCUUAUACAGUUCACUCAUUUGCAUGAUCUAGCUACAUCUGUAAUAAUAUGACCACAAAGUGGGCGUGAAUCUGAGUAUUGGGUUAUGAAAAAUCCUUUUUAUUAACUCUGUGCUUGUAUCAGUUUAUCAAAAUUUUGUUUUGUCUAAUAGUAUUGCAGUCCUGGGAAUUAGAAGAGAACAAAAAGGAAAUAAAAAUGAAAUCAAACACACCUUGAAAUCAAAAUAUUUUAGAGUGAGACUAUUUUGUGUACAUUGUGUUUUUAAAAUAAAUAUUCUCUAGUUCACUGUGGUAUUUCAGUUUUGUUUAGUUUUAAAUAAUGGUGUUUGCUCUUAAAACUGAUAUGUACUGUUGGAAAGCAGGACAAAACCUGAACCAGUGGAAAAGUUUAUUCCAGAAAAGCAUUUUGUAUUAUUGCUGUGGUGUGCAUGGUUUGCAGACAUUAAGUGCAUUUUCUCUGUCAAUACUGAUUACUGUAUAUAGGGGAUGUUAUAAAUAUGCAUUUUGUCAUCAACAUGUAAAUCCCAUGAUUUCAACUGUAAACAUCUGUCCAAUGGUGUAGCUUUACAAACCAUUCACUGAUUUUUGUGUAAUUUAAUGAUAGUUAUGAAAUAAAGUUUAAAUUACAGGCUCUGA